AUGGCGCGUUGUCUCAAAAGCAAUUCAGCAAGAUGUAUGGUUGCUUCCCUUGUGAUCACAGUGAUAGUGAUACUCAUUGUUGUGCGCAUUGUGUUCUCCAAUACGUGCUAUGCUAAAGCAGCAGUGGCAGCUGAUGCCAGGAAAUGCUCUGAGAUUGGAAGGGAUAUCCUGCAGCGCAAUGGUUCAGCAGUGGAUGCUGCUAUCGCUGCUCUGCUGUGUGUGAGUGUGGUUAAUGCUCAGAGUAUGGGCAUCGGUGGAGGACUGGUGUUCACCAUAUACAAUGUUUCAUCAGGAAAAGUGGAGACCAUUAACUCAAGAGAAACUGCUCCGAUGAGCGCUUCGGAGAACAUGUUUGGUAAAAACCCAGAGAAAGCAAAACCAGGGUUGUUCAUAGCUGUACCAGGAGAACUGCGCGGCUAUGCAUUGGCACACAAAAGACACGGAAAACUACCAUGGAAAGAGCUGUUUGAGCCCAGUAUUAAGCUGGCAUUGGAGGGAUUUAAGAUUGGCAAAGCCCUGGCCAAUGCCAUCAAUGAGACGAGAGCCACAAUUCAGAGAGAUUCAACUCUGUGUGAAGUGUUUUGCGACUCAAACAACACCCUCCUGAAGGAAAAUGAUACUAUAAGAUUUCCCAAACUAGCUGAAACCUACAGGAAGAUAUCCGAAGAAGGACCGGAUGCAUUUUACAAUGGGUCCCUGACUCAGAGCAUAGUGGAUGAUAUCAAAGCUGCAGGAGGAAUCAUCACACAUGAGGACCUAAAGGCUUAUGAGCCAGUGUUGACAGAGCAUGCAUUGAACUUUACAGUGGGGAAAUACAUAUUUCAUGCUCCUGGUGCUCCUUUUGGUGGACCUGUGCUCGCUAUGAUACUCAAAAUAAUGAAAGGUUACAACAUCUCCUGGAAAAGUAUGGCCACAACAGGGAAUAAGACUCUGACCUAUCAUCGCCUAAUAGAGGCUUUCCGAUUCGCUGAUGUCCAGAAGAGUAAACUUGGAGACCCGUGCUAUGAAAACAUCACUGAGCAUGUCAAAAACAUGGCCUCAGACAGCUUUGCAGACCGCAUCAGGAGUAAGAUUAAAGAUGACCUCAAACAAACCAGCUAUGAUGAGCAGGAGGACAUUACUUCUGUACCUGAAGACCACGGCACAUCUCACGUCUCUGUCCUCGAUAAAGACGGUAGUGCGGUGGCUGUGACCAGCAGCAUCAAUAACUAUUUCGGGUCUGGUGUGAUGUCACGCUCCACAGGCAUUAUUUUUAAUGAUCAGAUGUGGGAUUUCAUUGAACCUGAGCUGAUAAGUGGACCCAACAAAAACAACAAAAUUAAACCAGGUAAAAGGCCACUGUCAUCAAUGUGUCCCACAAUAAUAUUUGAGAAAGACGACCGCAAAAACAAAGUGAGAAUGGUGGUCGGAGGUGCAGGAGGGACCAAUAUCACCACAUCUGUGGCUCAGGUGAUCUUAAACCACCUGUUCUUUGGCUUUGACCUGCAGAAGUCUGUUAAUACAUCCAGAGUUCAGAUCACGCUUAAUGUGACAAACGUGGAGAAAGAUUUUGAUAAGGCGGUAAUUGAAGGCUUGAGGCAGAAGAAUCAUCCUAUUCUUCAUAAUACUGCAUUAUCUGUGGUUCAGGCCAUUGGACGAAAAGGGAAGAAACUCUGUGCUGAAUCUGACCCGAGAAAUGACGGUUAUGCUGCUGGAUACUGAACGCUGCUUCUGUGUUUGUCAGUAGUUUUAUUUAACAUACAGUUGAAGUCAGAAUUAUUCGUUC